CGCAGUGGCGGUCACAUGAUCUCGACGGAUGACCUGGAGUACCCGCGGGAGUACCGGACGCUGGGGAACGGCACGCGGCGCUUCUCCAACGUGGGGCUGGUGCACACGUCGGAGCACCGCCACACCGUCAUUGCCGCGCAGAGCCUGGAGGCGCUGACCAACCUGCACAAGGCGGACAUGGAGCGCAAGAGGGACGCCUUCAUGGAUCACCUGAAAAGCAAGUACCAGCAGCAACAGCAGCAGCUGCAGCACCCGCACCACAGCCCCCACCACAACCCACCGUCACCCUCACCCUCCCAUGCCAGCAUGAGGGGCACCUCGGAGCGAUCUGCACGAGAACAGCAACAGCCCAACUACUGGAGCUUUAAGAGCCGAAGUCCACGGCACUCCCAGUCUACCCAGUCUGGGCUGGCCGACCAGGCCGCCAAGCUCUCCUUUGCCUCCGCCGAAUCCUUGGAGACCAUGUCAGAAGCAGACAUUCCCAUCGGGUUCAAUCGGAUGAACCGAUUUCGCCAGAGCCUGCCGCUAUCCCGCUCUGCCAGCCAGAACAAGCUGCGGUCACCAGGCGUGCUGUUCCUACAGUAUGGCGACGAGACACGACGGGUGCACAUCACCCAUGAGCUAAGCAGCCUGGACACGCUGCACGCGCUCAUCGUGCACAUGUUCCCUCAGAAGUUAACGGCAGGCAUGCUGAAGUCGCCGAACACGGCCAUCUUGAUUAAGGACGAGGCGCGCAAUGUCUUCUACGAGCUGGAGGACGUCCGGGACAUUCAGGACCGUAGCAUCAUCAAGAUUUACCGCAAAGAGCCCAUCUAUGCCUCCUACCCUGCUGCUGCACAUCUGGCUAAUGGAGACUUGAGGAGGGAGAUGGUGUACUCCUCUCGUGACUCCUCCCCCACUCGCCGCCUCAACACGCUCCCCUCCUCCUCAGCCUCACCGCCCUCUGGCUCUCCAUCCCGCUCGCGCCUCUCCUACAGCGGGGGCCGUCCUCCAUCCUUUGCCGGGCCGGGGUCCCAUCCCCAGCACCAGCAGCCACAGCACACCCACCAUCCCGCAGCUGGCCACGGCCCCAACGCCGGCCUGUCACCCUCACCCAGUGCCAUCCUGGAGCGCCGCGACGUCAAGCCCGACGAAGAGGUGUCUGGGAAAAACAUGGUGCUGAUGAAGAAUGAGGGGCUGUAUGCGGAUCCCUACAGUUUGAUGCACGAGGGCCGCCUUAGCAUCGCCUCCACCCAGUCGUUAGCCACCAUCGGAGACCCGUUCAGCUUCCCUGUUUCCAGUGGCCUGUACCGCCGAGGCUCGGUGCGCUCCCUCAGCACAUACUCCGCUGCUGCUCUUCAGGGGGACCUCGAGGACUCCCUCUACAAGCCUGGGGGUUCGCUCUACUCCGACACAUAUUCCUCAGCCACGCUGGGCAUGGGCUUCCGCAUGCCUCCCUCUUCCCCACAGAAGAUCCCUGAUAUGCAGAUGAGGGACAGGGACUCGUACUCCAGCUCGCCCAGCAGAGCCUCACCUGUCAGGCAGAGCUUCCGUAAGGACUCAGCCUCUUCCUCCGUGUUUGUGGAGAGCCCGAAGUCGAGACCCAGCUCCAGUUCAGAGCCUCUGUGUCUGACAGCCGGGCCUGGAGAGACCGGCAGGGCCACGCCUGGUUUUGGCUCCUCAAUGCCUGGACAGGACUCUGACAACAGCAGGUCACGUAUGGAGGCCAUGGAGAAGCAGAUAGCCAGCCUGACUGGCCUGGUCCAGAGUGUGCUGACCAGAGCACCAGACAGCGACAGCACAUGCGGCCUGCUGCGUCUCUGCAUGAUGGCGGGCUGCCCUCCGGACCAAGGGACGGAGUUCUCACGGCCAUUACCUUUCUCUUCCAGCGAGAAGACUGAAUCCAACAGCGAUGGCUCCGCCACCGGAACUGGACGGCAGAAGCAGAAAGCUCUUACACCGUCGGCACCUCUAGCUCUGAUGCCGCCGCCACCUUCUAACACAAGCCAGGCAAACAGUGUCAGCCGGAUGCAGAUGCAGCUCCACCUGCACGACCUGCAGCAAAAUGCCACCGACCUGCGCAAACAACUGACCCAGCUGCGAAAGAUGCAGCUCCAGAACCAGGAUUCGGUGCGAACUCUGCUGAAGAGGACAGAGGCGGAGCUGAACGUGCGCGUCGCCGACGCCCUUCGGAAGCAGGAGGAUCCUCUGCAGAGACAGCGCCUCCUAGUGGAGGAGGAGAGACUCAAGUACCUCAACGAGGAGGAGCUCAUCAUCCAGCAGCUCCACGACCUGGAGAAGUCAGUGGAGGAGAUUCAGAAGGAGUCGUCUGUCAACCACAAGCUGGUGACGGUGCAGGAGCUGGAGGAGAAGGCCACUGUUCUGAGGAAGCUGGGAGAAACACUCACAGAGCUGAAAAACCAGUUCCCAGGCCUGCAGAGUAAGAUGCGCGUGGUGCUCCGGGUGGAGGUGGAGGCUGUCAAGUUCCUGAAAGAAGAGCCCCACAGGCUUGAUGCCCUGUUAAAACGCUGCAAGACCAUCACCGACACCCUCGCCACCUUGCGCAAGCAAGCGAAUGAGGGAGUGUGGAAGAAGCAAGAGGACUACUCCAGUCCUUCAGCUAAACACGCAGAGGACUUCCGAAAGACUGCGGACUUCGACAUCCCCACCAGCCCUCCACUCACUAUCAAUGACCUGGGGGGAGGCAACAGCCUGUCCAACUGGAGCCCCCACUCCAGCCACAGCCACGGGAACCCCUCUGGUCCUCACCGGGACAAUCACCCUCCUGUUCCCCACAAGGGUAGAGCCAUUGAAGAGCUAGAACGUCGCACCGCUGCUGACAAAGCGUCGUCGGUGGAAGUCCGACUGGCAGCAGAGCGGGACUGGGAGGAGAAGCGGGCCAGUCUCACCCAGUACAGCGCCCAGGACAUCAACCGGCUGCUGGAGGAGACCCAGGCCGAGCUCAUGAAGGCCAUCCCAGACCUGGACUUUGCUGCUAAGCAGAUCAAACCCUCGUCCAACACACCGUCCUCCCAGACUAACCAGAUCCAGCAGGGCGGGUCUGGGACCCCGGAGCACCGUCCUAACAAGCCUCAGCACAAACUCUCUGGGAAAGAGGGUGGAUCAAGGCGCGGCUCAGAUGAGCUGACGGUGGCUCGGUAUCGCACGGAGAAGCCCUCCAAGUCUCCUCCUCCUCCGCCACCUCGCCGCAGUUUUCCUUCCUCUCCCGGCUUGACUACCCGCAGCGGGGAAACCCUCAUUCCUGGAAAGAGUGUAAAGAAGUGCGAGUCUGAAGAGGCAGAGGUCCAGAAGCCUCACGUAAAGCUGAGGAGGACCGUGUCUGAAAACCCUCGACCUGCAUCUACACCCCCCACCCUGGCCUCUGGGGAGAAGGAGGAAGGAGAGGAGGAGAAAAUUGCUGCCGAAUUGGAGCUGUUUGAAAGAGCCCCAGUCAGGCUCUCUCUGCCCCAUUCCCUUUCCCUGCCCGGUAGCCCUCGCAGCAGGACCAGCAUCCCUCCCUGCAGCCUGGACCUGUGGCCCCCUGAGGCCCCAGGCACCGAGGGUAGACGUACGUCUCUCCCUCCCAUCCCUCACAUCGUCUUGACAGAGUGCAUGCCAGCUUCGCCUGCGCCCUCAGACGAUCCUGUCCGAGAUUUACCAAAGAGCUCCGCGAAAGAUUCGACCGGCCGUCCUGCAGCAUUCCACAGUCAGGUCUGUAAGGAGCGGGAUCCUGCUAGACAGUCUCAGAGGAGCCCUCUUCAGCAGCUAAAGACCCAGCGGUGUUUUGAGGAGCACACGGAGCUUAGAGAGGAGCUGACUCUGGUGUUGACUGAGCUGGAGGUGAGGGUCGUGUCUCCCAUGGAGGCACAGGAGAUCUGUAGGACUAGAGGAGGGGUUCUGCCGACUUUGACAAUUCCACCGCAGACUGAGGAACCCUCUGAGGUCCAUUUGAGUGGCCAGCCUCUCCUCAUGCUCUUCAGGAAGGAGCUGACCGUCAGAGAGGCUUACCAGCUGCUACUCUCACAUCUGGAGUCAUCUAAGCCGGUGCCCAAACCCAGGGCAGGGUCCUCCACCAGUGGCCCCAGCCUUGUGAGCCCCAGGAUUUGUAUUCCCCCGGUGCAGCAGGGUUUCUUGGUCGAGGCUCUGAGGAGAGGAAUGGAGACCGGGGAGAGGACAUUAAAAUUUCAGCACAACACUGAAUUUGAGAUUGUUCUCGAGGCCCAGUGCACCUCAGCAGACUCUGUUCCUGAUCCCAGUGGGCCAGCUAAGGAUAUCCGGAGCAGCACGUACAGGAGGCUGGACAGUCUGGAGGAGACGAUCCGCGAGCUGGAGACCACCCUGAUGGAGAUCAGUGGCCAUUCCACCACUGAGGUCUUCUAUUCUGAGAAAUCCACCAAAAGCACACCUGCACAGAUGACAAGUACCCCGGCCUCGGACACCAAGAAGCCACCCGUCCCACCCAAGCCGACCUCGUUCAGCCUGACAUCGAUCCAGGGAGGAAAUAGCUCCAGUGUGGGUAAGGUCCUCCACUCCUCAGCCGCCUCCAGACUGAAGCACCUGCAGCAGAACAGCACAGACAAGACCAAGAAUGGCAAAAGAGAGGACUUCCUGAAGAGCCAUGGCCAGCAGCAGGCCUUGGGGACGAACAGCACCGGUUGCAGCAUUGAGCCAUACCUCUCUGGCAUCAGAGCUGGCAGUUUGUCAGGUCAGGUGCCCUCCAGUUCGGCGCCGUUCACCCCCGGCCUUAGGAAGUAUCCCCAGGAGGGGGCGCUGUCCUCCCUGACGGCCUCCUCCGGCCAAGCUAAGGCCCUGCUGGCGAGCCUGUCGGCCUCCAGCCUGAGCGCCGAGGCCCUGCUCCUCUCCUCCACCUUCCGGCAUCACCGCCUCCUCCGUGAGCAGCGAGCGUCCUCCCUGCCCCUGCCCAGCGGCCGCGCCUCCUCCGCCACAACCGCUGCUACCUCCUCCUCCUCCUCCUCUUCCUCGUCCACUUCUCCGACCUCCACCACGCCCACCCCCUCCCCGUCCCCCUCCCCGCCCACCCCUCUGAGUUCGAUCACCCUCUCCUCCCUGGGGCUGAAGCCCAGCGGCCGUAGCCUCGAGGUCUCCAGCCUCAGCAGCAGCAGCAAGGUUCCGCCCAAGGACCUCUCCGCCGGCAAAUCUCAGUGA